CUCUGCUUUCCUCACCCACCCCCGAGAAAAGAUAGAUAAGAGUGAAGAGAAAAACCAGAGUGCAACGCACGUAGGCGCAGAUUUGCGCCACUCCUAUUAAUUUCCACUGUGGUUCGGUUCAACGGAUUCUCCUCUCUACUUUCCCUCUGAUCGUAGGUCGCUUCAUUCCCACGGCAUCCGAUUAGAGAGAGAGAGAGAGAGAGAGAGAGAGAGGAUUGAGGGAGGCGAAGAAGGAAAGAAGCAAAUGAUUGAUUCGAGAAAUCUCACUUUCUUUCUGUUAACGCUGGCGGACCUCAAAGGAACCCUAUCCUUCCUUUUAUCUUCGAUUUCAAAUCCAAGAAGAAGAAGUUAAAGAGGGUUUUAUCGUGUGAAUAUGCUUUGGAUUAUGAGAUUUUCAUGGUUUUUCUCCGCCGCAAUGGUGAUGAUUGUUUUUUCACCGUCACUUCAAUCUUUUCCACCUGCUGAAGCCAUUAGAUCGUCUCAUCUUGAUUACAAUCUCCCGUUUCCUGGUCAAAUUACUUCCAUUGAUUACUUUAAUCGAUUCUCUUUCCGAAAAGCAUCCACAUUCCGCAAUGCCGAUGAAUGCAGUUCUAAAACACAGGGGAAAAUUGGUGUUUGUGAUCCGUCGCUCGUUCAUGUUGCGAUUACUCUCGAUGUUGAGUACCUUCGAGGCUCAAUCGCAGCUGUACAUUCCAUUUUACACCAUUCUAGAUGUCCUGAGAGUGUAUUCUUUCACUUCCUGGUCUCGGAGACUAGUCUCGAAACCCUAGUUCGAUCCACUUUCCCUCAAUUGAAGUUUAAGGUCUAUUUCUUCGAUCCGAAUAGAGUACGGAGUCUGAUCUCUAGUUCGGUGAGGCAAGCGCUUGAACAGCCGCUAAACUAUGCUAGAAAUUACUUAGCAGAUCUACUAGAGCCCUGUGUUGGAAGAGUGAUAUACUUGGAUUCUGAUCUCGUAGUGGUCGAUGAUAUAUCGAAGCUUUGGACCACAAACUUGGGGACGAAGACCAUCGGUGCUCCGGAGUACUGUCACGCCAACUUCACAAAGUAUUUCACCGAAAAUUUCUGGUCAGAUAGGAAAUUUGCCGGCAUAUUCGCCGAACGGAAUCCUUGCUAUUUUAAUAGUGGCGUGAUGGUCAUAGAUCUGGUGAAGUGGAGAAGCUUUGGGUACACGAAACGGAUUGAGAGGUGGAUGGAGAUUCAGAAAACUAAUCGGAUCUAUGAGCUAGGGUCAUUGCCGCCGUUCCUUCUAGUAUUCGCUGGACAUGUGGCGCCAAUCGGGCACCAGUGGAACCAGCACGGUUUGGGAGGCGAUAACGUUAGAGGUAGUUGUCGUGACCUCCAUCCAGGUCCGGUUAGCCUCCUCCAUUGGAGUGGUAGUGGCAAGCCAUGGCUUAGACUGGACUCGAAGCAACCAUGCCCACUUGACUCUGUAUGGGCACCGUAUGACCUGCCAUAUUUAAGGGCGAGAUUCUCUGUUGUACAGUACUGUGUCAUUCUCAACACGACUUCAGUAAUUUUGGAGUGCAUGGCAUGUUGUAAUGCCGGUGGUGUGCUGUUCGGUUGUGAGAUUGUUUACUUUGUAGUGGCCACGCAUGGACGGAUAAGGGGAUGCUAUCCUCUUCAAUUUCGCGGGCUAUAG